CGACAUUUUGAACUCCGACCUCGCCGGAGCCGCCAGAAUCACAGCAUCGCGAAGAAAAUAACCGCAARCAGCCGAUGACAAUGAAUCGAUUCAUCCAUCGGUUCGUGAGCCAUCCAUCGAAGGGCAUUGUUUCUCGCAAGCAACUAUUCUCAGAACUMGAGAAGAAAUCUUUGGUAUGGUUUGGCGAAUUUCAUUCGGAGGAUCGUAUCACGGCACUACAGACUGAGUUGCUAASAAAAUUAUGCUCAGCUAACACUGCCGCAGUGGGUAGCAAUUCGAAACUCCAUGUCGUUUUAGAACACUUUUCCUUCGAGAUGCAGGGUCUUCUCCAUGCAUUCCAAACGGAUGAAAACUUUAGUUUCGACGAMMUGAAAAAAUCUUACUCAGAGAUUGGAACCGAGGGGCACAACCUUGAUCCAUACAAGGAAUUUCUCAUGUCCUGCAAAGGAAAAAUUCAAGGAGACCACCUCGUUGCCAAUGCUGGUGGCGCUGCGCUCCMCGCGAUUCGGCUACACGGAGGAUUCAUUCCAAGGCCGUUGGCAAGCCGAUGGUACAAGGCCGGAAGCGAUACARAUGAGAAGCGAAAAGUUCUURAAGAAUGCUAUGAGAAAGACUAUCUUCCUCCCCCUGGAGAUCCUCGWCACGGUUCUUUGCUAGCGUUGAAUUGUGACGACGACAAAUUGAUGCUCGACGGAAGUACGUGUCACUUUCGGCUGAUUCGGUCCAUGAUGAGCGGCGAGGAUCUCUAUGAUCCUGUCGAUGAAAACCUAAGAGAGGUGCGUUCCGAUGACGACUAUCUUAGCGAUGAGAUUGCAUCGAAACCYAUUGGUAAUUUGUACCAGGCCCAAUUGCUAAAGGAUCACGCCAUGGGGUACUACCUAUCAAAACUCGUGGCGGGGGCUCAAAAGAACGAUCGGUUCAUGAUUAUCGCGGGUAUGGGGCAUUUGAAACACCACCUGGGUGUUCCUGAGCGAUUGGAAAAAUACCUCCAGGCACUGGUUGCUACGAAAGCCAAUGCGGAGGGGACAUCCCCUUCACCAAUCUUCCAACACCCAUGUGCACUUGAUGUGUGCGAAGACUCGACCGUGUUGAUUGGAUCUCAAAUGUUGUAUGAAACAUGCAUAGAGGAUAGGUACGAACCUUUGAAGGAUCUUGAAUGCGACAAAGACGAGGAAGAGGACCAAUCCGUGAAAGAUAAGAUUUUGGAGGUUCACGACGACGACGACGACGACGACGACGACGACGACGACGACGACGAUCAUUAUGAUGACGAUCACAGAAGGAUGAUUUUAAGAAAUCUCUUUUCGAAGGAGACCGAUUUAUUCGACAAGCUCGUUUUCGAAAGUGAUAUUAUUCAGGGACCUAUGUUCAAUUUUGAAAGUGGCGGUUUCCAAAAACCUUCGGUAGAUUAUUGCUAUGUAUAUGACGAAGACGAUGAUAAUUWUCUUCUUCCGUCUUUUUCCCCAUCGUGUCCAYCCGCCGCUAAGGUCGAAACUAGGGACGCCUACAACAGCGUCGGCGCCACAGCAGGCAACAAGGGAAAUAUUGAAAAGGCCAGAGCAAUCAUGAAGCACCUCCAGUACACACAGGAAGACAUGAACCUCAUCGGGGCGGACUGCUUGUACAACUUUCAGGGUGUUGCCAACCCCCAUCGUGUGGCCAAAUUGCAACCCGGCGAGCGCGUUCUGGAUCUCGGGUGUGGCCUCGGUGUCGAUUCCAUAUUGGCCUCCAAGCAUGUCGCGAGUUCCGGGAGCGUUCUAGGUGUGGAUUUGGCUGCCAGGCAAGUUUCUUACUGCAGGACAGUGGCACAAAAGAAGCAGUUGAAAAACGUUGAGUUCAUUCAGGGUGACGCAGAAAAGCUCUCCGAUUCCCUCAACAAACACGGCUUGACGGAAUCUCAAUUCGAUGUGUGCAUCUCGAAUGGGGCAUUCUGUCUAAUUCCAGACAAGGAAAAAGCCUUCCGCCAAGUAUACCGAGCGCUCAAGCCCGGCGGCCGCAUGGCCAUUUGUACCACAACCAUUCAAAGUCCGCUGGACGAGGAAGAACGGUCAGAUGGAUCUGGAGGGAUAGAAUGGCCGGUUUGCAUGCGGAUGUUUGCUGAACUAAAGAGUAUUGAACCAGUYUGCGAACAGAUUGGAUUUUGCGAUGUGGAGAUUGUUGAUGCCGAGAGCCCUAUGGAAAUGGAAUUUGACAUGGAAAUUUUUCAGGAGGAAAAUCCUGAGCGGUUCAAGAUCCACGGCAAAUAUGCCGACCAAUAUGCAUACCUAGAAGACAUGGAUAUSGACAAGUUGUGCAAAGUUGUGACUGUCUACGGUAGAAAGCCACUGUAGUCGUGACUGAACUUGCCUGAUGGAGAUGAAAACGUGUGAAACUCAAAUCAGAAAAGUCAAAGUCGAUUACAGAACUAGGCUCCGCCCUCAGCUGCACGGAUUCUGCUUGCAAAGACUAUUCUGUUCGAUGAAAAGACAGGAGACGAAUUUCGGUACUAUUAUGAGCAUCACUGCUUUCUGUGUGACAAAAGAGAAAUAGUUAGGAUUUAUGGUUCACUAAACCAAAUUUUACGUCAUUCAGUCAUUGACGAUGGCAUCAACCAAGAAUAUGAUGAAGAUACCAUUUUUUCUUAAAGUCGUCGACAAAUAGUCCACUAAAAAUAGCAUUGCUCUUGUACUCGCCAUUUCUCAACAAAAACAAUGUUUUAAA